AUGUAUGGCUUGAUGGGGAAACUUGUGUCAGAGCAACAUGGUGCAUUUGUUAAGAAUAGAUGUAUUCAAGAACAAAUAGUUUUGGCUUAUGAGUUGAUAAAUGAAUUAGAUAUCAAGAGAAGAGGAGGGAAUGUAGGUUUAAAACUUGAUAUCACCCAAGCCUAUGACUCUUUGAGUUGGGAGUUUCUCUUUGAAGUUAUGAAAAAGUUUGGCUUUUCUCAGAAAUGCAUAACUUGGUUACAUCAACUUUUUACUUCAGCAAGAAUAUCAGUUUUAGUAAAUGGUGGACCAGUGGGUUUUUUUGAUGUGAGUAGAGGAUUGAGACAAGGUGAUCCAUUAUCACCAAUUCUCUUUGUAAUUUUUGAGGAUGUCUUGAGUAGGAAAUUGAGCAAAAUGGUGGAGGAAAAUGAGAUAAUGCCAAUGGUAAACUACAGAGGUGUUCAUCCAAUACACAUUCUAUUUGCAGAUGAUGUUUUUCUAUUCGUCAAUGGGCAUAAAAGGAAUCUACAAAAGGUGAUGAAGUUGCUAAAAUAUUAUCAAUCAUCUUCUGGGCAGGUAAUCAAUCAGAUGAAGAUUAAACUUUUUGUGGGUGGAGUAACUGCUGCAAGACAACAAAAAAUUGCUUCUGAAUUGCUUCUGAAUAUCUCUCAACUUCCAGACAAGUAUUUAGGAGUUAUUUUGAAACCUGGAGCUGUGAAAUCAAGUAAUUUUUGGGGAGUGGUAGAAAUGAUUCAAAAUAGAUUAGCAAGCUGGAUUGGUAAACUGUUGGCUUUUAAAGAUAUAAUCACUUUAGUAAAAUCAGUAUUAUGCAGCAUCCCUAUUUACAACAUGUCAGUGUAUAAGUGUCCUGUUGGUGUGGUAAAAAUUUAUGAAAGGCUUACAAGGAAUUUUUUGUGGACAGGGGAUCCAUAUAAGGCAUUGUUAAUGAAUCUUGUAUGGAAGAUACAUAAUUUUGAAGCUGAAUGGGCCAAAUUUAUGAGAGAUAAAUUUACUACAAUAACAGGUGAAUGGAUCUCAGGCUAUAAGAAAUCCUCAAUAUGGCCAGGUUUAAAAUGGGUGACGGAGGAAGUAAAGCAGAAUACUAGAUGGAUUACAGGUACAAGUACUUCAAUUUCAGUAUGGAGGGAUGCUUGGAUCAAAGAAAAGCCUUUGAUGAAUUUUUUUGAAGAUGAUGAAUAUAUGCUACAAAAUAAAGACAUGAGAGUGGCUGAUUUAAUUGUCAAUGAGGAAUGGCUUAUUCCUUCCAGGCUUUUACAAUAUUUUCAAGUGGAGGAACUGCCAACCAUUUCAAAACAAAAAGAUACUAGGAUGUGGACUGGUACUAUGUCAGGAGAAUUUACAGUGUCAUCAGCUGUUGAAUUGAUUAGAAAGAAAUAUCAAAAGGUGAAAUGGGCAAAAUAUGUUUGGAAUCCAAUUCUACAUCCUACAACUGCAAGCAAUGUCUGGAAGAUAGUGAGAGGCAUAUGUUCUAUUGAUGAGAAGAGACAAAGCAAAGGUUUCAGCUUAGCCUCAAAAUGUUAUAUAUGUUGUAACAAUACUGAUAAUCUAGAGAACAUUUUGUGUGAAGGAUAUCUUGAUGCUGGUAGCUUCCAUUACAAUGAUGGAACUGUGGUUCUUAAGAAACAGAAUUUAGGAGAUCAGGGAGAGUUUAUGUAUGUUGAAGCAAAAGAAAUUGGCAUUGCAACUAACUUCAUUGCUGAAGUUAUGGCUACUAUUGGUGCAGCAGAAUGGGCUUUGCAGAAUAAUAAAUUCAACAUAUGCAUCAACUCUGAUUCCAAAGCAGUAGUGAGUGCAUAUAUAUCUGGUAGAUUACCUUGGUUUGUUCAGCAAAAGAGCUCUGCAGUUAAAGAAAUAUGGAUGACUGCUGCAUUCAUUACAUUGAGAGAACUGUGGUUUUUGAGGAAUAAAUGUGUAUUUGAAAAUGAAAGGUUCAAUGAACAAAUUAUCAAGACUAGAAUUCUUAAACUUACUACUGAGAGUGAAGUAAGAAUGAAAGGAAAAAUGUGGAACUCAGCAUAUGACUUGCAGAUUCUGAAACUUUUUAACAUGAGCUGUGGAAGAACUGUCUUAACAAGAAUCCAAGAAAUCUAUUUUUUCCUUCCAGUGAACAAUCAGAUUUUACUUUGCUGUGAUGGUGCAUCAAAAUGGAACCCAGGAAUGUCAGAUAUGGUUUUGUAG